AAAAUUUCAAUCAAUAGUCGGCAUUCAGCAUUUCAUUAACGAACACAAUUUUUAUUUUACAAAAAAUUCGUUCCGUUUUGCGUUGAAAAUUAAAUUAAGAAUAUAAAUAUAAAGAAAACUGUUUAAAAAAUGAAGUGGUGUUGUAGUCGUUAUACUUCGGGAAUCGUCAUUGGUUCCAUUUAUAUUGUGGGCAGCAUAACCUUUUUGAUUUUUGCAUGUUUGGCCUAUCUGGAAUACAAGGAUGCUGUUGAUGAUGAAUAUCAUCAUUGGGAAAAGUUAAAAGCUGAAGCUAUCAAAACAAUGAUCAUAUGUGGCAUAGCAGCUUUAAUAUCAGCUCUAUUUAUAGUGGCCAUUGCUAAGAGAUACGAAUACUUAAUACUACCCUGGCUAAUACUGGGCAUAUUUUGUUUCUACGAAACAUGUGUUAACAUGUAUUGGUGGUUUAUUGGUGCCGCAAUGGGUGGUGCUUCUGUCAUAACAUUUUUAAUACUUCUUCUCAUAGCAGUAUUGGCAUUUGGUUCACAAAUUGCCAUUUUUAUCUUUAGUUGUUCUCUGUUCAAGCAAAUACAUCAGGAAAAUAAGGAUAAUGCAGUGCUUCAAUUAUCCGAUCCCUUGGCAGAUAGAUCUUUUAUUUGAAUUACUGAGAAAAAUGCGUUUUAAUAUUUAUAUAUCUUUUUAUUUCCACUAUAUAUAAUGUUAUGUUUAUAUUUAAUUUCAUACUCUUUUACAUAAAAUUAUAUUAAAUAUAUUUAAAUAUAAAAAUUUUUAAAUAA